AUGUCCUUGAAGCCAACGUGGGCGGUACCUGAACCAGGAUUUGACGAAACUAAGAACGAACACGUUCUCAAAAUGUACAAAACCCUUGCAGAUGGCUCAAGGCCGGCAAUGGUUCAGCAAACCCAAACGGCAGCCAGUCUAGAGGCACGAAUCGAGGAGAAGCUCCAGGACUUUACUCAUCAGAUUGGACGAGCACCAACCGAGGAAGAGAAGAAAUGGAUAACACAAGUUGAAACUCGAUGCAGUGGUUGGUUGGAAGGCCUCCGUGUUGAUCUCCAAGGCAAGACCACAGUCCCUGUUUCUCAUCUCAAUCGUCUUGAGGACCAACAGGAGAAGGUCAUCUUGUACUUUUCGAGGGAGUUAAUGGACCUCAAAGCCGCUAAUGCUCGCGAUUCUCGGGGGUUCAACCAUGGUAACUUGAGCGGCAAUGCUGAUGGUUCAAAAGAUUCGGCCAAGGAGCUACAAAAGCAAGUUGAUCAAUUGAAACUACAAUUGCAAGACAUGGACAGUCAACUUGAGAACCUCAAAGGAGGACAGCCAAAAGCUCUCUGA